UUUACAAGUUUCAAGUGUACCGUUCUGAAGAGUUAAUUUCUGAUAUAGAUGGUAAACGACUCAAAGGACCUCGUCUUAGUGAAUCCUUCCGUAGAUAUAAAUUCUGUCAUUUUUAUGUACUGCCCAGAGGACUUAAGAAUGCUGCUCAGAAACUCCAAACAUGAGCCAUCGUUUUUAAAUCUUGUGAAUGAGGGUAAUAUGGAGAUUCAACGGAGACUCUUUUUUUCUGGACAAGUUUGGCUUCAUUCGUUCUCAAUUCCAGAUUUAUGUGAAAUAUUUGGUGACUCGAAGCUCAUACUUCGUCCUUUAAGAUUCAUGAGCGGAAAUCCAAUUCUUGACGAGCAUCAUGUAAAAACAAUGAUAAACAAGGUUGAGGAAUUUGGCAGAAAAAUCUUUAGCCAAAAGCUAACAGUCAACAACAACUACGUUGAAGACAAAGUCCUUAUAGAUACCUCAUUUGUUCAUAUAGCUUCCCCUUCAUUCAGAAACAACCUAAAUUGUGAGAAUACUUUCCAAUUCUUACCAUUGGAAGAAUUUUGCCAAAGAAAGUCUCGGAUAAUUCAGUAUGUUCGUUCUUAUAUGGCGAAGACGCUUGGGGUGAGAGAGUCCAGCAAGUACUUUGUGAUUAUUUACGGGUCCUAUGCAUAUUCCUUGGUCCGGGAGGGCUCGGAUGUGGACAUUUUUGUGGCGGUGGAAGACUCCAUUUACUCCACGCAGUUGAACGAUGAAAUUGUCUCGUUUAUCGACGAACUUCAUACCCACCAUGGAUUAACUAAAGAAGAUGAAGUCCCACCUGAGGUGAAAUCCUUGCUAAAAUUUUCUUUUCUUGAGGAAGCAUGCAGUGGAGUAGGAAUACGCAAUGGAAAUGGCGAAUGGAAAUUUCCCGACAUAGUGAAAUGCAAUACUCUACUUUCAUCUAAAUCAUUCCUUUUGAGAUUUUUUCUGGGUGUUCUGGCUAACUCGGGAAUAUUUGUUUGCGGAAACCAUGCAAAAUAUCUUGAGUUCAGGACUACUGCAAUACAGACACUGAUAAGAGCAGUCUCGAGUGUCUUUGAAAGAAAGAAGGUUUCCAGCAUCAGUUUGGCUAAAGAUUUUUGCACAAAUUUAAACGGGGAAUUUGGCGACUUAUUCCUAGGAUUUGCUUAUAAACAGCCAUUCAUAUCAUACUUGGAAGAAUUGCUUGAAGAAAAUUUGAGCAAGAUGGAUUUGGACGUAGAGUAUUGUGAUAGUGAAGGGCUGGUUUACAGCAUGUCAUGUCAGAGUAAAAUCCCAUAAAGAUAUCGUACAUCGAUACAAUUUAAAUCAAAAAUUGAUUGGGGUUAGGUUAGGUUGGGUUUAUUUUAAAUACAAGUACUUAUUUAUAAACAUUGAAGUUUAUUUAAAAAUUACCUGCUGACGAUUCCCGUCGUCGUAAGAACUAGCAAUUUGAGGUGGAAUUUGAGGUGCAGGUAACGGGCUGUCCGCUAAGAUAAAAUCCACAGUGCAGGAUACAUAUAGCCCGAGUCAGGGUAAAUCUUACAGCUAGUGUUCAACUUACCGCGUGACGUAAAUGUUACCGAUAGAGGAAAAUAUUUGAAUAUUUCAUGUUAUUAAUAAUAAUUAAUUAAUUGGGAUUUGUUAUUAUGGUUGUAGUGGUGGUACUUAGAGAAAUAUAAACUUGGCCACGUGAUGCAAAAUAUAGUUUAGAUAACUAAAACGAAAAAAUAACUUUUGGUUGGAUUUUGCGUUCAUGUACAUAUUUACUUGUUUUCAAGUUUUUAAGUACACAUCCUCACCUAUGUAUGUUUUUAAAUCUUUUUAUUUAGAAGGAUAUAUGAAUUACGGAAAACUUAAAAAUAAAAAAAACAAUUUUUUACAAUUCAUUUUCUUUGGUUGGUUAGUCCCGUCGUGGACCAACCAAAAGGAAACCCUGUGAUUCACAGGGUUACCUGCUAGGUGCAAUAAAGUAGAGUCCUUUACCACAAAUCUUUCCUGGCUUGAAUUCUACCCCAAAUAUAACCACGAUCGAGAUAUCGUCUCUCCACUCGUGGUCCUUUAAUGUCAUUAAUGUCACCGUCCUAAUCGUCGGGGCAUAUAUGACCGGAACAUAUCGGUUUUUCCAGAAAAUGCAAAAAAAUCUCCAUUCCAUUUCCGCCGCAGGAAACGAAGUAGCAGAAAGCCAAUCUAUUUGGAAUCAACAAUAAGAAUUCGGUACGUCACGUAACGUUACUCACGUGCAAUUCGAAACUAUACAGAAGCUUCACAACGUUUUGUUUUGACUGCUCAGGAAUCAGGAUGAAUGUAGAAUGUGCAAAACUUCUAUGAGCGUCGCGUGUAAAAUGUAAAUAAUUUACGCGAAAUUGGUCAUCUUCAAUCCUAAUUUUUGCAAAAACUGUAAUGGUACAAAUCUCAUAGAAUUUAAAGUCCAGUACCAUCUUAUCAUGUUGAUUGUUUGCAUCAAAAAAUUCUGGUCGCCCUGAAACCGUAUAAAUAAGACUGGUCGGAUUGUUCAUGUGGAUUAUCAUUGCGUUGAAAACUUGAGGACACCGAGGUUAGUAGGAAACGUACGAGAAAAGCUUUUAAAAACAUUGCAGUUUGAACAUAAAAUAUAACUUAUUAAUUCCUAAUAUUAAGCCCAAUGCAAAAAGCCUAUCUGUCUUCAUGUUUUCAAAUUUCAGUAAAGAUUUAUGAUUUUUAUUACCCCGAAAAACUUAUAUUCAGCCACCCUAGGAAUAUUAUUUGGUGGCUGAUUUUCUUAGGUUAUGCAUUUGCUUUCUCAAGGAAUUAUUUAUAUUUUCUGCGAAGCUUUCCGUUAUCUAAAGGGUGUUGAUUUAAUUCGAUCACCUACAUUUUCCUGCGAGCGCGAGAGACAAAAUCAGCUGUAAUUAAUGAUCCCGUUAAUAUUUUUUUGUGAAAUUUUAACCAUGAGUGAAUCAAGGAGUCAGGUCACUCGUGAACAUCUUAGAGUUCAGAUACAAACACUGCAUAAGCAAAAAUUAAAGACGAAUAAAAUAUCUGAAAAAUUGGGGUGCCACAGAAGAACCGUAUGGAAAUGGACGAACAGAAAUUUUGUCAUAGACAAAAAUCGACCUGGGCAACCCAGAAAGGUAUCACCUACUACAAAAAGAAUGAUUAAGAACAGACUUCAUCAGAAAACUGGAAGUUCGCUUCGAAAUUGUGCAAAGGAGUUGAAUCACUCACCACGCUUCAAGAAGAAGUCCAAGAAAAUUGACUUCACAACAGUGCACAAGUAUGUAAAAUCAACGACGUGGGGUCACAAAGCUUAUAAACUAACCAAGGAACCAAUUAUGUCACAAAAAAACAUUGACGAUCGUCUGAAAUUUGGAGCAAUACUCCAAAAAGUGGCCACUUGGGUGAAAAAAAGCAAGCGCAAGACCUGAGGCGUCAUAUCCUUUGGACUGAUGAAUCACCAAUUGAACUAUAUCCAGAAUUGAAUCGGCAAAAUGCAAGAUACAGAACCGAAAAAAAAUCGGAUGUACCAUCGAUGCGUGUCCCGAAAUUUGGCCUGAAAGUUAUGGUUGCAGGAGGUUUUUGUGCGCGAGGAGUGACGCCUCUCCACAUUGUACCAAAAGGGCAAACAAUUAAUGGAAAGUAUUAUAGGGAAAAAGUGUUACCUAUUUACUUUGAUAGUAUGGAAAACAAGGAACUAUUUCCAAAUGAGAGAAAAAUUGUUUUCAUGCAAGAUGGUGCUACAGCUCACACGGCAAAAACAAGUAUGAAGCUAAUUGAAGGGAAAGUUUCAACGGUGUGGAGCAAGGGGGUGUGGCCUGGGAACAGCCCGGAUUUGAAUUCCUUGGAGAACCUAUGGUCCAUACUUAAGGAAAAUGUAUACAAAGAUCCAAAACCUCGGACAAGGGAGGAGUUAAUUACAAAGGUGCAACAAGAGUGGAAUUCUAUUCCAAAAUCAACUUUGGAAACAUUAGCCCAGAGUCUAAAACAGAGAGGUGAGGGAAUGAUUGAGGUCAACGGAGGAAAGAGUAAAUACUAAGGUAUGUCUCAAAAAAAAAUUGGCUUUGGUCAUAGUAACAGUCUUGAAAAACAAUCGUUUUGUUUUUGCAGCCAAAAAGGUGAUCGAAUUAAAUCAACACCCUUUAUGUAUGUAAUUUUAAUUGAUCGCUUAGACAAAUAUGUGUUUUUUGUUGACUGGAUGUAACAUUAAUUUUGUUAGUUUCGUAAGAUUUCAUUACGUUUCGUAACACUCGGUUAUGUCGUGAUCACUUUGUUUAAUUAACGUUUUGCAAAUUAUGGGCACGCAAGUACUUAUUAGUAGUUUCGGAGAAAUUGUAAGUUUCUCAAUUUACUACAAUUCUUGUAAAAAUUACGUGUACCUCGUGCAGCUUCAGGUCUGUUAUAUUUCCGUAUUGGAGUGUGGUAAACUUUUUGAUUUGGACAGGAAACACGCAUGUUUCACCGCUUGAUGGAAAUUCAAUUCAAUGACUUAUGGCAUGAUCUCUGGGAAGUGGUGGCGGGUUUAAUGACUGGUUUACUGCGUAAAUAAUUGAGCCAUGAGCUUUUCUUUAUUUUUUUGUAAAAGCCCAAUUUAAUAGCUAAAGGAUAGUAUAUAACAACCUUUUUGGAAUUGGCUUUGAAGCAUAAACUGGGAUGAAAGUGAAGCACUCGCAAAUCGAGUUUUGCAAAAUUACAAAUCCGUCGUCGGAUUCGAUUCAAACAAGACGUGGAAACAAAAGAAAAUCCAAAACAACAAUCCACCGACACAUAUUGAAGUAUAAGGGUUCCGAAAAAGCGGAAUUUGAAAGGAUUCCACACUCUACGAAGUCUGGUUGUAAUUUUCUUAUAAGCGUUAUCACCAAUCCAUUGGUGAUAAUGAGUAUAACCACUAUUUUAAGCAGAUUAUAACCGAAUUAUAACCAAAUGCUAAUAAACAUUAAACCGGUCUGAUAAUCAGAGGAGGGAUUUUUGGCUCUCGCUCUUAAUUGAGAGUGUGAGUGAGAGGAAAAGAGAGGGAGAGAUUGACAUUUUUGGAGAAAGCGAGAGUGAGAGGUACAGAUAUCGAAGAAAGCGAGAGUGAGAGGUACAGAUAUCGAAGAAAGCGGGAGUGAGAGGUACAGAUAUCGAAGAAAGCGAGAGUGAGAGGAGAGGGAGAGGAGAACAAUUGAAAAAAGUGAGAGGGAGAGGAGAGAGAGAGAAAAAACAUUUGAAAAACACUCAGGUUACCCAAAAAAUCUCACUUUACUCCAAACGUUGUAAAAACUAUUAGAAAUGAUUUUCAGUGAUUCCUGCAACUUUUGGGGUGAGAUUUUUAAAAAAGUGAGAGUGAGAGGUAAAAAGAGGUUUACAUUUUUUUGAAAGGUGAGAGAGAGAGGAGAGGGAGAGGAGAACAAUUUGAAAAAAGUGAGAGGGAGAGGAGAGGGAGAGAAGAAAAAUUUGAAAAAAAGUGAGAGGGACAGGAGAGGGAGAGUCAAAACAAAAGUCCCUCCUCUGCUAAUAAUCCAGUGAUAUACAAACUAGGUGUAUUUUUAUUUCCAUCUGGUUAUUAUCACUACCAAAAACUUAACAACAUUAUCACCUAGAUUGUCACCACCUUGUAAUACAGACGGAAAAUCAACUGGUUACGUUCUGUAUAAAUUUUUGGUGAUAUUUCUUUAUAAUUUUUUUCAUUAUAUUACACAUAUUAAAGUGCAAUUUUGAAAAGUUAUAGCAUUGGGCUUACGGAUCAAAAUCUCAAAACUGCACUUUUCAGAAAAUUAGAGUGGGCGUAAAAAAAUCGUACAGAGGUGAUUGACACAUCAAAAUGCUCAGGAUGACUUGUCCCAACAUAAUAAAAAUAAUAACACCAAGAAAAAAAUUCAUUGAGGUAGUUGAUUUUUGGGUUCAGAGGUUAAAAAAUCGUAACCUUUGACCUUCUCAAUGGAUUUUCAGUGUCCAAGCCUGAUCUGACCACAAAUGCGAUUGACUAUAAUUGUGCAAAAUUCGAACUUGAUAUCUCAAAAAAUGUAUGAUUUAUAACGAUGUGGAUGUGUGGCCGUGACUUAUAAAGGGCAAUGUACUUCAUAAUUUGUUUAUGUUGGUCAACGUCAUCUUGCUUCCCCCAGCGGAAAUCAGCUUGUCAGACAACUUCCCCAUAAUUUUGGUGUUAAUUGUUUCACCCAGAUUCUGGAGUCGUCGAUUCAAAAUAGUCCGGACCUACAGCAAGUGAUCGCGGAUUGUAAUAAUAAAGGGUGCGUUGACCAGAGCGCGUCGACUACAUUGAUAAACGCGUUUGUCGACAUAUUAGUAGAUAUUAAAGGGUACGAAGUCGUAUAAUUAUUUUACAUUACCUUUUGAUUUCCCGAUAAUAAUUUGUAUAAUUUUUGAAACAGUACUGAAAAUAAUAAACUAAAGAUAAAGGUCUUUUGUAUUUUGCUGUUGUAAUUCCUCAGAUCACAAAAAAAGUAUCGAAAGUUCAUAAUUUGACAGAACUAAUAUAUCUUUACGCGAAACAAGUCAAUUUCCGAACGGUUUUGAAAAAUUGAGUUUUUGCUGAAUGAUACUUCUGGCGAAGUCUAAAGUAGUGAAAUUAUUAGAAAAUGACGGAAUUUUGGUAUCGCCUCAAUUCAAUUUCAAUACUAAAAAUCCCAAAACUGGUCAGAAUAUUUGUGUACAUGUUGGGGAACAGUUAUAUUAUCAUUUGAGAAAUGCAGGGUGUGCCGUGUGACCCAGUGUCAGCAAUUACAAUCGUGACAAUAAACUUUUUACAUUUUUCAUGCUCACAUUUCUGAAUUUUAUUUUAUGGCUUAAAAUAACAUAUUUAAGGUUCCAGCAUAAUUAUUAGACUAAAAAAAUGUCCCCGAAUUAAUGGUAAUUAAUUCAGAUUUCUUGUCUAAAAAAUUACUUUGGUACAGCCCCAUGCAAGUGGAUUACCGUAAUUGAUGAUUACAUCUAAAUUAGAUGUAAUCAUCAAUUACGGUAAUCCACUUGCACACACGGACAAAAUAAAUGCUAUCCGCAUAUACUCAAAUUAGAUGAUCUAAUUUGAGUAUAUGCGGAUAGCAUUUAUUUUGUCCUAUCACCUUAUAUUUAAAAAAAAGAAUCAUUUUAUUAUAAAGCUGGCGACUUCUGUUUUUAUAAACAACCUCGAAAAUAUUCAGAGAUCUUCGAUAUAAUUUAGGAAGCUGAAAAAAAUUAAGUGUCUAAAUGCAUGUGAGGUUCGUUCAUCAUUAUUAUGAAAAAAGUUAAGUCCGAAACAGCGUCCGACACAAAGUAAAAAAAAGUUUGAAGUGAAAAAUGAUACUGAACUAACUACGUAUAUGUCCUUCCAAUUAUCUUCCAAUUGGACCAUAAGAAAAAUUUCGCAUUUCCAAAUUUUGCCACACCCCCACAUAUUUGGGUCACACAGUCAGCAGAAGGGUAGACCAAUUUCUAAACAACCCGCUAGGAAUUUUUAAAAAUUCGUCCCUCAAGGUUUUUGGCAAUUCUUGAAAGGGUUUGAUUUGUUUAAUACGACAAACAUGUAGAACCAAUUUUUUUCAGUAAUUCUCAGCGCCAAUGUUAUUAUAGAUAUCGUAAUUUUUACGAAUUUGCAUGCCUCCCUAUUUUUACCCCUUAAACUUAAUCAACUUACGUCUUCAUCUUGAUUCAUAAUAAAGAUUACUGUAGAACAAAUCCGAAACAUCUGCUUGGCUACUUCUAACCCCACAUCAUUGUCAUCACGUUGACGCGCGGCCAUUAACAUUACAGCAAUUUUUUCUCCUUCGUUUUCAGAAUCGAUGAAAAUGGCCUCGUUCCACAUUAUAAUUCCUUUAUUGAAGUCGCAAGGAAAACCACUCAGCUGUUUAUCUUCUUGCCUCAGCCAACUUGGUUCGUCUGGAUUUUCCAAGUAGCGCAGAAGAAAAUUUACGAAUGGGAAUUUUGAGUUGGACCUAUCGAUUACUCCAAAAACAGCGACUUUAGUGUGCAAUUUUUCCUUAAUAUGCUUGAUGGCUUCAAUAUUUGGUAGAAGAGUUCCGCCCUCCGUAGAAACUAUAAGGACAGUUUCGCCCAUUUUUAUACGCAAUAUAAGAUUAUAUUUGGUUAAUAUUGGUUCAAUAAUAUUUGUUGGGGCGGACUAAUAAUGUGGAAAUAUUUUGAAAAUUCUGAAAUGUAUCUCAGAAAUCUCACACUCUUUAUUUUAUUCAGCCAAAUGUUACAGUAAUACAGGAUUUGUGCGUAGUCUCGAAGCCACCUUCCAACUCUCCUCAGUUCACAUUAUUACUUUGUAUAGGAAGGAAUUGAAACUGGUUAAAUGUAUCUUAUAAGUUAAAUAAAUAAGUUGUUUUCUCAUUGCAAGUACACUGCAAAUAAUUUGGUGUAAAUACGGUGUGGUGUAGCCACAUAUGCACACCGCGCGGUAGCAAUCCGGGUAAAUUAACACCGGCGGUGUUGAUAUGUGGCUACACCGCACCGUAUUUACACCAAAUUAUUUGCAGUGUAAAGUGUCUGCAUACAUAUCUGCAUUAAUUUUGGCUAUGGAAGUAGGUAACUAUUUAUAAAAAGAAGAUUAGAGACAAGUGGUUGGUGAGCAUUGCUAGACUCCAAUUCUGCUUAGUCGUUAAAAGAUUAUCACGGGUCAAUUCGCAUGAUCUCAUCACAUGAUUUUAUGCAAUGUUUUAGGUACUAGCAUAUGACUCAUUUUUCUAUAUCUUGAGUCAAGAUUCUUGACAAUAUUGCAGAAAGGCCAAUCUGAGUAUGCUUGAUACACAUCUCUGAAAAUAGUUACACGUUCAAGGUUAUGAGCAGGAACUGGUUUCUUGACAAAACAUUUUGUAUAAAUACAGAAGACGAUAUUUUUACGUGUUCAUUACUGCAGUGAAAUUAUGGUGAUCGUAUGUACAUACAUAGAUAAUGGGUAAAGAAAGUAAAGAUUUUGCUAAACUCACACUAAAUAUCGAUUAGUGGUGAGAGAUGUACAUUUCUUACAUAGUUACAUUUCCACAAAAGAGAAAAUAUUACCUUAUCUUUUGGAAAAGUGAGAAUUUGAAAUAUAAAAUAAAAUAAGUAAAACCAAAACUGCGGUCAGCAGGAAAAAGUUUGGACGUUUGGAAAAAUUGAGGAGACCCAGAGCACAGCCCUAAAAAUUAAAAAAAUAACGAAAAACUCUUUAAAAAAUUUCAAGAAAUUUUGAUACUCAUCUUUUUCAGGGAAUUUUGUGAAAAAAUUAUUUUGAAAAAAUUUUGAUUAAAAGUGCGGAAUUUUUUCAUCCACAUAAUUUUCAUCUGCCAAAUUGUGGCGUUAAAUUUUCUUUUUUUGUGGCAAAAAUUCCUCAUAAUUUUUAUUUAUUUAUAAUUUUCAUUUUUUUAUGUAAAAUUAAAUAUUCCCAAGAACUUAAUGUAUUCCACAUUAAAAAAAAGUUAUGGGUUUCUUUUUUAGCUUUACCUUUUCCCCAUAUUUUGCAAUUCUCCCGAAUAAAAUCCCAAGCUUAACUUUUCCACUGAGGAAAACACUGGUUGGAUUAAGUGACAAUAAUUCUCGUCAAUUACUCCCCACCAAACUAAUUCGACCAAAUUAGGCGUGGAGGUUAAAAUUGUGGCAAAAUCCGUAAAAUCAGGUCCUUUCAAUAGAUCCAUUUUUAUGGUCAGUUUCCUCAAAUAAGUUCCAAUUUCUGAGAAAGCAUUUGCAAUCGUGGGAUGUAGAUUGUCAUCAAUUCCAAUCUGUAGCUCGGUAAUUCUUAGAUAUUCGAUGGAAUCCAAUUUUUCCUCGACUUCGGAUUUCUUCUUGUCCUCGUCCUUCUUAACGAUGGUGCAAAGAGAGAUGUCAAUUCUUCCUCGGGAGGAAAUUGUUCAGCGGACGGCAUCAUUCCAUAGGCUGGAGACGAGACGGGAUUCCAAAAAUUGCCGGAAGGGGAGGAGCGGCAGGAUAUUUUCGAGGAUCUAAUAAAAAUAUGCAUAAUCCUUAAAUUAGUAAAAUUUGAAUAGCAAAUUGAAGGUAUUCGCGUUAUAGCACAUUUUUUUCAAAAAUCUGCAUAUUUUCCCAAAUUUGUGGUAGAUUUUUUUUGAAAAUCAGAGCCUUUUUAUUGCACACAUUGAAAAUUUAAGUUACCAGUGCUCGAUCUGUUUUAGAAGGAUUUCGAAAUUUUAAACCGAUCUGAAAAGUUUAGACGACGGGGAAAAUUGUGAAUUUAAAAAAUAGGACUACAUUUCCAAGAAAAUGGUUAAUGGCUUCUGAGAAAAAACAUUAAAAAAGGGUCUAAUUUAAAAAAAUCUCACUUUUUUUAUAGACAACUUGGAUAUCACAUUUUUCAAGAAUAAGAUUUGCAAACUACGUUAAUACCAAUGUCAACCCUUAAUGAAUAUGCAACUCAAUUGAAAAAAAAAUGAAACGAAAACAUUUUUUUAAUUUCUCCUUUACCAACCCAUUCGAAAGAACUAGUUCUUCAGGACGAAUUACUUCUCCUUCGUUCUCUGCCAUGAUAUAUUUUUCCUCACAACUAACAAGUAAAUGCGUCUGUUCCAGCUGAUAUGUAUGCUGCCGGUUAUGCAUAUUAACUCCUGAGCUUACGUUCAAGUGGGGAGAUUACAUCAUGUCUCAUAAGUCACUCUGAAAUCUGUAAAAUAAACGGUUCCAUGCAAACUACUUAUAUGGAUACAAA